AUGUUUUUCCAAAGUCCUCGACCUUUUGGACAGCAUUCUACAUCGUAUCGUUCAGUAAAUAAAAGCGUUUGUACAUCUACUAGUAUGAGUAAUUUGCAUACCGAUAGUGUGCAAAAUGGACGUAGCAGUGGAUUUGCUACAAAUUAUGCACGCAUGUAUGAAUCUAAUCAUUUUGGUCCCUCAAUUCGUUCACGGUUAAAUCAGAGUGCAGUCGGUCUAAACAGAUCUGAGAAGUCAAGAAUUCCAAAUAGAAGAGGAGGUGAAGUUCAGGUAACUAAGAAGCAAGUGCUGGAAGAUCAUUCAGGUAGUGCGGACUCUACAGAGGUACCAGGAUUGGUGUCCAGUCGUCGCAUUUAUCAAGUUCAUAAAGCUGUAACAUCAAAGCAAAACUUACCGAUUCGAGAAAAAACUUAUGAAGGGGACGAGAGUAAUAAAAGACAAGAAGUAAUUGUACCGAUCUUGAAAACUAGUGUUUUCAAUCGCCUCCAUGUCCCCAGUCAACAGCCUCCAGCUUGGGGACAUCAAACAGAUUCUCAAGAGUUUGUCUAUAAUGUUUAUACAGAUCGUAACGUCAGCAGUAAUCAAAACGAUAGAUUCCGUUCUAAUUCGGCAAUACCCUUUAGUGAACAUUUACCGAAAGAGGCUUCCUUAGACGUGUUAUCAAAAGUGAACCUUAAAGGACGUAGUAGUACUCAGCCAAGUGAAAUGCAUGAAGCGUUGUUUGAAAAGCAUGGUAGAAACGCGACUCGUAUAACCUCCAGUGAGCAGCAACUACACCGCGAACCAGUAUUUUAUCAGCAAGUAGAAAAGGCGAAAAAUUAUACAACAUUGCAGCACUUCGUACCAGCAAGCGAAAGGCCGUUGCGGAGACGUAUAUCUGAUCCGAAUUUGCUACAAAUCGAUGAGAGUAAUGCUCAGGCAAACAUUGCAAUGUUCAAUGUAGCUAAAGGAGUUCGAGCUGAAUUAGAGCAGGACCCGAAGUUCCGUGAAAAGGCAAAUGUAUUGGAUAACACUCCUACAACAGAGCAAGCAAAAACGCUUUCGCCAAUUGUCUUAAGAGGUUCAUCCAAACAGUCUCCUUCAAUGAAACACAUGGAGGAUUUCUUCGAGAAAAGUAUUCAAGAAUUUCGGAAAGUUCUUGAUUCUGAAGAGGAAAAAGUAACUCCUGAGAAGAAGGCAUUCAAUGUUGAACACGUACGUAGUAUUUUCCGAGUAAACAAUGAUAAUGAUCGUAGCAAGUUGCUUAUCACUAGUGCUCCGUUGGCUGCUGUUUCUGAUGUGCCAGUACAUAGCAAAAGAAAUACUAGCAAAAUGGAAGAAAUACAAAAAGUUGAAAGUAUGACAGUACAAUCUGGAAGUAAGGGGAUGUUAACGGUAGAUUCUGUUGUAAAUAGCACUGAAGGGAGCACCAUACAAGCAGGCAACAAAAUUGGGACUGAUGGCAAUCAGAAAUAUAGCAGUAGUAGUAGUGGGCCUGUACUUUUUGUGGUGGGUAAACCUUUAACUAACUUUGUAGAGCAGGAGACAGCUCAUUCGACUUUGCAAAAAGGUGCUAAUUCUGAGAAACAUUUCGAUUCUGUGAAGGCACUUGCAAGACCUGACUGCCAUAGCAUACCUUUUGCUAGAAAUGGUAAUAGUGUGAAGAAGAAAACUGCUGAAAGUAUGGAUGGGAUUUUGCCAGGUAUUUUAUUAAAAAGUGGCAAUCAUCACAGAUCAGGCAGUGAGUCUGGUGUGAGAGCUCAUAAGAAGGUAGCUUUUCAGUGUGAUCCAAAUGCUGCUUCUUCUGCUGUCGUCACACGAAACGAAGCGUUGAUUGAAGCUCCCCUGUCUGUUGUACAAUAUGAUGAUGCAGUUGAUGAGCCUUUACAAAGAUUUCUGAGGCUGAGUAGUGAUCUCGGCAGUGAUUUACAAGCAGUCGGUGAAAAGGUAUUGAGAAUCUUCACUGAACAUCGAAAUUUGCUUUGGCUAGCUGCUGGCCAGAAAGAGCCGUCAGCUGAAGAGUUACAAGCGAAGCUUACACCAUUGGCGAAAUCAAUAGAAGAUCUAUCAACAUUCAAAGAAUCGAAGAGAAAUACACCACUUUUCAAUCAUAUUUCAGCAGCAAGCGAAGGAAUUCAGGCACUUGGUUGGCUUACUGUGAAAUCGACUCCUGCACCGUACAUUAAAGAUAUGACUGAAGCAGCAAUGUUUUUCGUUAACCGUGUCUUGAAAGAGCACAAGGAUGAUAAGGUACAUACAGAAUGGGCGAAAUCAUGGUCUGCAGUUUUAAAUGCACUACAAAAAUACGUAAGACAAGUACAUACUACGGGCUUGGUGUGGAAUAGUUGCCCGGGUGCAAGGCCAUCCACUUUAAAGCAAGGAGAGAAAUCUAUAUUGCAAGGCCCACCACCACCGCCACCACCUCCUCCACCACCUCCUCCACCAGAUUUUCGGUCCUCAGAGUCAUCAAUAAGUAUAGCAUCUGAUAAAAGCACAGCUGAUCGGACUGCACUGUUUGCAGAAAUCAAUGCAGGAGAAAAUAUUACGAAACGCUUAAAAAAAGUAACACCGGAUAUGCAAACGCAUAAAAAUCCUGCUCUUCGAUCACAAUAUGAAGCAGUUGAUAAGGAUGUACAAAAAGUAAAAGCACUCUCCACAGUAAUGAGUGAUACGUCAAUAUCAGCAAAAAUAGAAAAUGAGAAAUCACCUCGAACGUGGUUAGAGAAUGGAAAACAAUGGAAUGUGGAAUAUUACAAGGAUGAUAAAAAUGUGAUGGUGAGAACUGAUCAUAUGAAACAGACACUAUAUGUAUUCAAAUGUGUGAACAGCGUAAUCCAGGUCAAAGGGAAGUUGAAUUCAAUAACUUUGGAUAGUUGUAAGAAAACUUCGAUUGUGUUUGAAAGUCUGUUAUCACAAAUUGAAGUAAUUAAUUGUCAAAGUGUACAAUUACAGGCUCUUGGAUCUAUGCCAACACUCUCUAUACAAAAAACAGAUGGCUGUCAAGUAUAUCUCAGUAAAGAGGCAAUAAAUGCUGAAAUAAUUACCAGUAAAUCCUCGGAAAUGAACGUACUAAUACCAGCUGCUGAAGAUGGGGAUUUUAUAGAGUUCCCAGUACCAGAACAGUUCAAAACUAUCUAUGAUGGGAAAAAAUUGCAAACCAUGGUGUCUGAUAUAUGCUGA